ACGCGAAAGCAGGACAGUUCACACUAGCGAUCCCUAAAUCAGCCUCAGUUGAGCAACCAGUCGGCGCGUUGGGUGACCAUUGAUACCAUUCGACGAACGCAGCUCACCGCAAGGACCUCUGUCAUCCCUCCCGAGCCGCUCCGCUGCUGCCGCCGCCUCUCCGCGCCCAGCCACUCGCUCUUAUGGCAUCCGAAGCAGCACCACCGGCGGAAGACCGUCCUCCGGUAAUCAACUAUGUAAUCGGAUUCCUCAUGGUCGGCCUCGCCUGGGGCCUCACGACGCCCUUCAUCCGCCGUGCCGCCAAGGACCACAACCCGCCUGCGCACCCGGUCCUCGAUACCGAGGCUGUCAAGUCGAGCUGGCUGAAGAGCAAGCUCUACGGGGCCUUUUUCGGCGUCAUCGAUCUGUUGAGAAACCCGCGCUAUGCGGUGCCGCUGCUCAUUAACCUGACGGGGAGCAUCUGGUUCUUCCUUCUUAUCGGACAAGCUGAGUUGAGCUUGACUGUUCCCAUUGUGAACACGCUCGCCUUUCUAUUCACCGUCAUUGGAGAAUGGUGGGUCGAGAAGAAGGUCAUCAGCAGAGACACCGCAAUCGGCAUGGUUCUGUCAUUGGCCGGCAUUGGACUUUGCGUCCAAAGCAAGCUCUGAUAUGGGCGCUCAACGCUUCCUUCCUACACGUGAUCAGUAGCUUGCGGAAAUAGCAUUGGAAUCCAUAGCUGACAGCAAUAACUUGAAAUUGUAUGUUCUGGUGCCGUUUUGCGGCGCAUGUC